UAUAAUUUGCAUAUAAUACAAACAGCAUAACGUAAAGAAAAACAAGCAACUAUUCUUGUUUAGCGAAGAAAAAGAAGCAACAAGCAGUGAGUUUAGUUCAGAUGUAAGAAAAAAGUUGUUCUGAUUGAAUUGUCAUAUUCAGACUUGGUUUUGAUUGCAGUUGAAUUAUCUAUCAACGCCUCAGCAAAUCAUUUAAGAGAAAAAACAUGAAUGUGUUAAAGAAAAUCUUCUUGCGGAAACAAUUAGCGGUUCGAUAUGCUAAAGUGGGUGUUAUUUUGGCUUGUUUACCAGCAUUUCUUGUCUGCUUACGGACAACUUUUUUUGGUCAAGUCAGCAUUAAAAAUGAAUAUCUGGAAACUUUAGCUGAACAUCAACAACGCAACGGUAGUUUGGAAGCUGAAAUAACUUCUGUAGAACAGAAGUGCAUCGAUACUCCGUGGAUUGACUAUCCGGCACUAGUUCACCGUUAUGCUCCCUUAAAUCACCCGGACUAUUCACUUCCAAAGGGGCUGAAAAUGCUACAGGACCCUUCUGACGCCACUAGUCUGAUGGAAAAAUGCUCAAAAGUUGACUCUGAAGCAAAUUUGCGGGUCCUCAUGAUCAACUCUCGGGCAACUUCCUUCGCACAACGGUUGGCCCUACGUGAGACAUAUCUACCAGAAUUAUUACAAUCGAUCACCAAAAACAUCAGUUGGAUAUAUUUUUUCGCAGUUAGUCAACCUUAUUCGGAUGGCAAUGUUAAUAUUUCAAACAUAAAGGAGGAUUUGCAAAAGGAAAUUUCCCAAUAUGCCGAUGUUGUUAUUUUCAACACGCCUGAAGGUUACGAUUUAACCCCGCUCAAAAUUCUUUCGUCAAUGAAAUUAGUUUAUUGCUACUGUCCAAAAUUCGAUUAUUUUGCAAAAUCUGACGAUGAUACAUACACAAGAAUUGAUAGACUGAACAAUGAGCUUCCCAAACUGCAAAAAGAAAUAGAUGAAACGAACCCGGAAUGGAGAAUUGCGAACCCGCGCAAGCCAAAUGCCGAAAGUCACACGCCGUUGAACACAGCAGGGCUUUGCAAAUUCAUACACGUACCUCGUAAGUGGUCGCGGCUUACAAGUCGUCAUCAGAUUCCGGAGAGCGUUUUACCUGGAAAGAAAGCGCCCUUCAAAUACUGUAUGGGUCAAUUGGAAAUAUUCAGCAGCUCUAUCAUUGAGAGCUUGGUACAAAACUGUGCGCAGCAUUGCAUUGGAUUUUAUGGAAACAGUGUCAACUUCAAUUUCUCAGUUCCUUGCAUAUGGCGACCCGAAGAUAUGUGGUUGGGUUCGUGCAUACACGCAUACUUCAAAAGUCCAUUGGUUAUAAGAGAUAUAGCGAGUGGAGUUGCCCAAUGGGAUUAUCCGAAACCUCUUACGGUUUCAAAGCACCCUCAUGAUCACGUGGUCAUCAUUGACCGAAAAACACCAGAUGCGCUAAGAGAAGCUCACAAGUUUUAUAAACAACUAGACCAGAAGUCAUCAAUUGGACCAGAAGUCAUCGCAGGUUUUAUAAACAAUUAGACCAGAAGUCAUCAAUUGGACCAGAAAGUCAUCGCAGGUUUUAUAAACAAUUAGAUCAGACUCAAAAUCGAGCUGAACUUAAUGAAUAUAUUCCUAUUUUGAUUCCAAGAUUUGUACAAAUUUGUAAUCCAUUCGUUAGAGUAUCCAACUUAUAACUGUUUAAUAACAUUAUCAAAAGAAUUGAAAUCAUUUUUGAUG